GCACAUUCAAACAAAAAAAGAUAAAUAAUGAUUUAAACUAAAUUCUUCUCUUUUUAAUCAAUAUACCCAUUUUUUCAUCACAAAGAUCGAAAUUCAAUAUAAUAAACAAGUGUAAUAGAUGUAAUCUGAUCGAGGCCAAGUAGUGGUCAGUUAGGGACUAUCGGAUUUCGUACCUGAUCGGACGGCUGGCCUCAUUUCUUCACAUAUCGUGUAUCCGAGGCUUGUAAACGUGAUCUCGUUCCGAAGGUUUCUGGUCUUAGUGGUCCAGUCAGAUUUCGAAUCUCAUUGCACGAAGAUGGAGCGAUGGGUCGGAAAAGUGGCCGUGGUAACCGGUGCCAGUGCCGGAAUCGGUGCAGCGAUCGUGCGAAGUUUCGUUAGACAAGGUAUGAUAGUGGCAGGCUUUGCAAGGAGAGUAGAGAAAGUUAAGGAAAUCGCUGAUAGUUUGGAGGAUUCCCCGGGAAAACUUCAUCCCGUGGAAUGCGAUAUCGCUAAGGAAGAAAGUAUAAUCGCGGCAUUUGCAUGGGUGAAGGAUAAUCUCGGUCCAAUAAGUGUUCUCGUCAACAGCGCUGGUAUCACCAAGGAAUCCUCGCUCAUAGAUGGUACUUUGGAGGACUGGCAGUCGGUGUUUGAUGUGAACGUCUUGGGACUUUGUCUCUGCACGCGCGAGGCUGUACGUAUGAUGCGCGAAACCGAGGCUGAGGAUGCUGUCGUGAUUCACGUGAAUAGUUUGGCCGCCGAGAGGGUACCCUUUAUCCCGGGAUUCAGCGUUUAUCCGGCGUCAAAGCGUGCCAUCACCGGCCUCGCCAUGACUUUGCGACACGAACUUGCGGGCACGCGUAUACGCGUCACGAACAUCAGCCCUGGUUUAGUCGCGACGGAAUUCAUGGCUUCCUAUAGUAUGUUCUCCCCGGAAGCGAUGGCGGCGGCCCCGACUUUGGAUCCAGACGACGUUGCAGCAGCGGUAAUUUACGUGUUAUCCAAUCCUCCUCACGUUCUGGUAUGUCAUACUGUAUACCUACGUCUAAUAUUUCUCUAUAAUUCAAAAAAAUAUGCAAUACUCGCACAGGAAUACAUCAUCCAGAAGGCAGUGAACCAUCCAGACGUAGAUUAUGCGCGACCUCCGAAUCGAGGUCCAGAUUUUCAGUGGUAUAAAAAGGUGUCGAGGAUGCGGAUCGGCAUGCAGAAGCUACUCGUGGCAGUGAGCAGCAAUUUCUUCUCCCGAGUUUACAUAAACGCCAAAUCUUCAAGUAUGAAUUUGUCGAACAAAAUUGCCGUUGUUACUGGCGCCUGCUCCGCGAUCGGCAAGCUAAUCGUCGAAGAAUUGGUGUUAAAGGGACUCAAAGUUGUUGGUCUCUCCAGCGAUAUAAAUAAGUUGAAGAUUCUUGUGGACGAGUUGAAGAGCAAACCCGGCAAGCUCUAUCCUCUUCAAUGCGACCUGAGCCUUCCGAACGAGAUUGAAGCUGCCUCCGAGUGGAUAGAGAAGAAUCUAGGUAGUGUAGACAUCUUAAUAAAUAACGCUGGAGUUAGCAUAGAUUGGUCCAGCAUCAACGGUGGAAUACAGGAACUAAAGAAGUCUCUUGACAUCAACGUGCUCGGCUUAUCAUGGAUUACUAAGAAAAUUCUGUUGUUAAUGAAGAACAAAGGUGUCGAUAACGGCUGCAUUGUUAAUAUCAAUGAUAUAUGCGGCCUGAAAUGGUUGCCUCUCGUCUCCGACCGACCUAUCUCUCCGGCGUACGUUUGCAGUAAAUCCGCGCUAGCCGUGUUGACAGACUGGCUUCGUUUGGAAUUGGCGCAGAAUGAGUCCAACAUCAAAGUGAUCAGCAUUUGUCCAGGCUUAGUGGAGACUGAAAUGACCCAGCAGUGGUUGAAGGAAAAUUCACGCCUGGCCCUGAAACCGAAAGACGUAGCGGAUGCUAUUCUUUACGCGUUGCAGACUCCGGAGAAUGUGCUUAUCAAGGAGCUCGUUAUUACGCCCAUUCGGGAGAUGUGAACAUCGGAUAAAAUUGUUGUCUAUGCUGAACUUUGUAGUAUUUAAAGCAUGUAUUAUGUGGCAAAUUAAAUAAAGCAUCAGCACUUUUCAAAAAUAUGAUACAUAUAAAUGUUACAUUAAACCAAUUAUUAUAAAAUUACUAUAAAAAAUAAUAAUUUAUUAAAUAUUAAUAUAUUAACUUUUUGAUACAUUCAAGUUAUACAAGCCUCUUAUAGGUACAAAUACAAUAAUCGUUAAGAUUCUGGAUGCUUAAUUUUGUAUUUUUGAACUUGAGAAUAUAGCCAUCCGCUUAUUGUGUGCUAAUAAGACAAACUAAAAGACACGUGAUCAAAAUUUUAACAAGUAUAAUACUUACCAAGAAGAGGAACACGGGUUCACAACUUCCUUUAUUUACAGCCCACAAAGGCAUUAAUUAAUAACCUUAAAUCUUAAACAUAAUUUUGAAAUAAACCUAUUCAUAGACAAUAGUUGCAGGAAAAUUGUAUAAAACAAUAUUGUGCUUGACAUUAUUUAUUUCAAAUUGUCCCAUUUGCCAGUUUAAUAAUUCACAAAAAUUUAGGAAAGGGAGAGAUACUAUGUUAAGAAAAGAAAAUUCAAAGAGGUGACAACACGUUAGGAGAAUCCUAUUUAAUGAAAGUGUGAAGCAAUCGGUGUUAUAUUUAGUGCACCUAGUUGUAGUAAAGUACACCCUAAAUUGUACGUCCUGUACAACGCAGAAAAUACUUAGGUGUGUAUGUACAAUAUGCGCGAAAUAAUAAAAUAUUAAUAUUCAUGUGUGUGUGUGUGUGUGUGUGUGUGUGUGUGUGUGU